AUGGCACUCCCGCAACCUCUCCGUCGAGGAUUCACCUCUCUCUCCCUCCCCCGAUCCUCACGUCUCCUCUCCACAACAACAACUACUACUACUACCAAGAUCACCCAAGAUGCCUAUUCGAAUGGCCGAAUUGCAUCGACACAACCGCACACGGUCGACCCUCGCUGGCUCAUGAUAAUAAAGAGACGGAUAGGCCGAUGCAUGAUGUUCGGGUUGAAACCGCACCAGGUCCGCGAGGCCGGAGAGAUACUCCGCCAACUUGCGUGGAACUGGCGCGAGCUGGUUGCUGGGAGUGAGGGUUAUUUGACGGAUGUGAAGAGGAGGGCUUCGUUCCGUCAUAAUGUUGUUUGGGGGGAGAUGGUAUCAUGA